ACUGGCCACCAAUCUGGACCAAGUCCAGACUACACAAAGAGGCUUUUAUUUUUGAAGCCUCAGUCCGGAUACACAGUUCCCCACCGCGGUGAACUUGACUCUAGUGGACCGCGCUCCCGGCGGGCAGACAGCGGAGAGGGUCAGUUAGUACCAGCGCGACCACUGAGCAGCACCGAGUCUCUGACCUGAAACCUCCAUAAUGCAUGGGGGCAAAAGAGGGCUGGUGGCUCCGCAGAACACUUUCCUGGAAAAUAUAGUCAGGCGCUCCAGCGAAACAAGCUUCCUGUUGGGAAAUGCACAGAUCGUGGAGUGGCCGGUCGUAUACAGCAACGAUGGAUUCUGCAAGCUGUCCAGAUACCACAGAGCAGAGGUCAUGCACAAGAGCAGCACGUGCAAUUUCAUGUACGGCGAUCUGACUGAUAAAAAUACCAUAGACAAAAUCAGACAAACGUUUGACAAUUAUGAGUCCAAUUUCUAUGAAGUGCUCCUGUAUACAAAGAACAAAACACCAAUAUGGCUUUACAUGCAGAUAGCCCCAAUCAGAAAUGAAAAUGACAAGGUGGUGCUUUUCCUCUGCACCUUCAGAGAUAUCACUCUGUUCAAACAGCCAAUUGAGGAUGACUCCACAAGAGGGUGGACAAAGUUUGCCAGGCUCACACGGGCACUGGCCAACAAUCGAAACCUGGUGCAGCAGUUAACACCACUCAAUAAGUCGGAGGUCAGCCACAAGCCCUCCAGACUGGCUGAGGCUCUCCAGCUGGGAUCAGACAUUCUCCCUCAGUACAAGCAGGAGGCCCCUAAGACCCCUCCACACAUCAUCCUCCACUACUGCACUUUCAAGACCACGUGGGACUGGGUCAUCCUCAUCCUCACCUUCUACACUGCCAUCAUGGUGCCCUAUAAUGUUUCCUUUAGGACCAAGCAGAACAACUUGGCCUGGCUGGUUGUGGACAGUGUUGUCGAUGUCAUCUUUUUGAUUGACAUUGUACUUAACUUCCACACCACCUUUGUGGGUCCAGCUGGAGAGGUGAUUUCAGAUGCCAAGCUCAUUAGAAUGAAUUACCUGAAGACGUGGUUUGUUAUCGACCUGCUGUCCUGCCUGCCCUACGAUAUCAUCAACGCCUUUGAAAAUGGUGACGACGAUAUCCUCACACAUGCCUCUUCGGCAGGUCAUCUUCGUGAGUCACACUUCCACAGGAAUAGCACACGGACAGAAGACUCUGUGCUCCCAGGUCUCAGCAGCCUCUUCAGUUCCCUUAAAGUCAUCCGCCUGCUCCGUCUGGGCCGCGUGGCCCGAAAAUUGGACCACUACCUGGAGUAUGGAGCUGCGGUCCUGGUCCUGCUGGUGUGUGUCUUUGGCCUGGUGGCUCACUGGCUUGCCUGCAUUUGGUACAGCAUUGGGGACCACGAGGUGAUCGAUGAGACCACCAACACCAUUCAGACAGACAGCUGGCUUUACCAGUUGGCACUGAGCAUUGGAACUCCUUACCGCUACAAUGUCAGCGGUAACGGGCGGUGGGAAGGGGGUCCUAACAAAGACACGCUGUACAUUUCUUCUCUUUAUUUCACCAUGACGAGUCUGACCACCAUUGGAUUUGGUAACAUUGCUCCAACAACGGAUGGCGAGAAGAUUUUCUCUGUGGCUAUGAUGAUGGUGGGCUCACUGUUAUAUGCCACCAUCUUUGGAAACGUCACCACCAUCUUUCAGCAGAUGUACACCAACACAAACCGCUACCACGAAAUGCUCAACAACGUGCGUGACUUUCUCAAGCUUUAUCAGGUUCCCAAAGGUCUGAGCGAGAGGGUUAUGGACUUCAUUGUCUCCACCUGGGCCAUGUCUAAGGGCAUUGACACAGAUAAGGUUCUCGCUAUCUGUCCUAAAGACAUGCGUGCAGACAUCUGCGUCCACCUCAACAGGCAGGUGUUCAAUGACCAUCCAGCCUUUCGUCUGGCGAGUGACGGCUGUUUGCGCUCUCUCGCUGUGGAGUUUCAGACCACACACUGCGCACCUGGAGACCUCAUCUUCCACAUCGGGGAGAGCGUCGAUACGCUCUGCUUUGUAGUCUCGGGUUCACUCGAAGUAAUCCAGGAUGAUGAGGUCAUCGCAAUACUAGGUAAAGGUGACGUGUUUGGAGACGCGUUCUGGAAAGAGACCUCACUGGCUCGAGCUUGUGCCAACGUGCGAGCGCUGACGUACUGCGAUCUGCACGUCAUCCGGAGAGAGCCUCUGAUGCGGGUGCUGGAAUUUUACACGGCAUUCGCCAACUCGUUCUCCCGCCACCUCAUCCUCACCUGUAACCUGCGAAAACGGGUGAUCUUCAGAAAGAUUGCUGAUGUGAAGAGGGAGCAGGAGCGUCAGAGUGAUGUUGCUCUCUCCAUUCCUGAAGACCACCCUGUUCGCAAGUUGUUCCAGAAGUUCAGACAGCAUAGAGAUGCUCAAACAGCAGGAGAGUCCAACACCUACUUGGAUCAUAACUGCGUGCAGGUGGAGCUGCAGCACCGCCAGCAGCACACCGACUCAAACUCUUACACUCAGUCCAGUCAGUCGGUAUCUCCCCCGCCGCAGCAGCAGGAGUACAGCUUGGCAGGAGGGGGAAGCGGCUGCAACGUACCUGAAAAGUCAGAGCAAAACUGCACACAGGAGGGUGUGGAGUCUGUAUCAAAGCCUUGUGCAGAGAGUCAGUGCAGUCAGAGCAGUGGUGCAGGUGGGGAGGGUGCUGCAGGUAGCAGCAGGGCUGUCAGAGGCUGGGCAAAGUUUAGAAAUGCUACGUUUGCUGAAUCAGCAUGCCCUGCUGUUGAGCAGGAGAAGCAGACACAGAAAGUAGAUGAGUGGCCGAAAGCGUUGCAGUCCUCAGAACAGUUUGCAGCCCCCCAAAAGAACCAGGAAUCAGGGGAAGGUGGAGAGAGGGGAAGCACGGAGGGCAGCAACAAUGCAGGUGAGGAAACAAGCGCCCUGCAUAAAACCGACUCCUGUGACAGUGGUAUCACAAAGAGCGAUCUACGCAUCGACCGGGCAGGAGAUUCAAGAAGCUCCUUUGAGCGAAGCCCAUUGGAAAAGAGCCCCAUGGAGAGAAAUCCAUUCGAGCACAGUCUCGGUGUUUACGCCGAGGUCUCCCUCAGACACUCCUUUGUACAGCCGCUGUCUGAACAAGCUCUGCUUCAAACGACGCUGCACGCAGCCAAGCUGGAGCUGAAAGGAGACAUUCAGAUACUGAGCGGCCGACUGUCACUCCUCGAGGCUCAGGUGAGCGAGAUCCUCAGGUUGCUGUCAAUCAAAAGGAGAUUCUCGCUGCCACCGGUGUCCUCUCCAAAAGCAAGACGGAAAAGUCAAGAUUCGGUGACCACCUCCAGGCCGUCCUCACCAAAAACCGAUGAUGGGGCUCUUUAAAUUUUCUUAAUAAAAAAAUAUUUAAAUAAGCAUCAUGCAUGUCCUGCUGGACCACAAACUUAAUACUUGAUUGCAUGCAGAAAUUGUUUUCAUGUUACCUUAGCACCACAAGAAUCCAGGGAUUUAUCUUAUAGCUUUUAACUUAUGAGACACUUUUAACUUGUGUGUGAGAAGAAACGGGGACAAAUAAUAAACAAACGAAUAUGUUUCUAAGAAACGAUGCACACAUUAUAGCUACAAUUCACGUAUGACGAAGGUGCUUAAUGAAACAUGCAAGUUUAAUGAAAAUAUGGUGGAGAACACAAGCUGCAUAUUUUGAUUCUUUACAUUUCUGGAAGUCAGUUUACAGUUUUUGGUAGAAAACCUUGAACCUUCCACGUGCACAAUGUAUGAUAAAUAGAUGGCUGUCUAUCUUAUUUAAGAGGGGGAAUCGAGAGUUUUUGUUGCUCGUCCUCAGUGGAUCGACUACCUUCAGAGUUAAUUGUCAGGUAAUUAAAUGUGCCUUACAAUAGCAAAGCCUCACUGCGAGCUGUUUUUGAUGAGAUAUAAUGUUAAUGAUGAUACAUAUGCAUUACCUUAUUUAGAAACUCAUUUCACAUGCAUGUAAAGGAAAAAAAAAAGCAAUACAAUAAUGUCACUUUUGGACUUUUAAAGAUUUAUUUUUCUGCAACAAGAUGUGUACAUGUCAGCAGGUUAUUGCAGCAGACUUAUUGUACAUUUCUUCAUGUAGCUUUGCAUCUUGCUCAGGUAUCUUUGUUCUCAGACUGAAUUUCACUAUUUAGCGGUUUUGUAAGAUAAAGGGUAAUCUAUUUCCUGUUUUAAUGCAUUUUAAAUGGUGGGUUACUAUGCAUAUCUAAAUGAAGGGUCCAGUGCACUAAACCCCAUUUGUUCAUAUGGUUUUGAAAAUACUGAGUAAAUUCUGUAAAUGAUGACGGCAUAGUUUUCUGUGACUGCAAAUCAUCUCAGUAUGAACUGUAAGG